CCAGGCCGAGCCCCACACCCCCGGCCCCUCUCCCGGCCGCUCGCCGGGGACCCACGGCCGAGCCCGGCGCCCGACCACUCUCGCCGCCGCGCGCGCUGGCAGCAUUUGAACUUCUGACCUUCUGUCAACUUCCCUCCGACGAACGGAACGAAAACAAAUACUUUUUUUCCUUAGGCUAGUGGCCAUUCCCGUUCCCAGCACAAAAGGACGGGGGAGGGGCAGCCAAGUGGGGGCGGGGUGCGGAGAGCCGGGCCGGGAUUGCAGCCUGGACCCCACGAGUGUCCCCUGCGGCCGCAGAUGGCCGCUGGGCAGUGCCGGAGGGUGUCCCUGGCGUACCCUGUCCUGCCCUUCCUUCUUCUCCCCUGCGAGAGCCGCGGAGGGGGCGGAGGCCGGGGUGGUAGGGGCAGGGCCGGGGCUGAAGGGGUGAAGCCGGACGCCUCCCAGGCCGCAGGGGCCGAGCCCUCCUCGAGGACCUGUUCGCCUGCCGGCCCCGCGCUUCAAACAGCCUCCCGGAUUCUGUCCUCAGGCGCGCGUGUCCCUCCUCCCCCGGGGCGGGCUGGCCCUCCGCGGCUCUGUGUGUCUCUGUCCCCCUAAUGUGACUGCCGCCCAAGUCCCUCAACCAUGGCAAGACCGUCCCCAGUGGAACUUUCAGAGCAGUUCUGGAACGCAUGAGCUCCUGGUUAAUAUUAACUCGGAGAGGGGGAAGCGCAGACAGACGCGCUCGCCCCGCAGGCGCGGGUGCCAGGCGCGGGUGCGGCGGCCGGGGGGCUCCGGGGGCAGGAGGCGGCCUCCGGGGCAGGGCCCGAGGGCCGCGCUAGGGACGGCCUGGGACGGACGCCACGCUGAACGGAUUUGUGUGUGCGUGGCGGCCCGGCCCGGCGCGCAGGCGUGGGUUUGAGGAGGGUCCCCCUGUUUGGAUAGGAGGGGUCUGUUUUCCCGGAGGGGGGGGGGAGGGCGUGGAGACAGGUGUGUGGGGACUGGGGGGGGGGGUCCCUUUUGAAGCGGGGACACCCCUCCCCCGCACUGGGGAAGCCGGGCGGCCCUGCUCGGGCUUCUGGGCACCGAGCGGCUGCGCAGACUGGAGAGGUGGCGGGGGCUCGGGCGCGGGGACCGACUCGGCCUCCGCCCACACAAAGCCCGGCCCGGCGGCCCCGCUGGGCUUCACGGUGGCUGCACCGAGCCGGGCUGGAUUCGCGGCCCACGACCCAGCGAAUCGCUCCCCGGCCCGGGCUUCCCGGCUCCGCCUGCGCCCGGCGCGCCGGCCGGGUGCACAGCGUCCCGCAGGCGCGCGCCGAGGCCUCGCGGCGCCCGGGGGAGGGCGCGUGGGGAGCGGGGGGCCAGCCGGGCCUGGCUCGGCCUGGGGCUACUCGCCGGGGGCCCUCCGCCUCGCGCCCGACUGGCGCAGCCCCGGGCGCUGGGGGGGUGGGGGGGGUGGGGGGCGCUGGCCCGCGGCCUCCCCAUCCCGCCCGCCCCUCGCCAGCUGCCCCGUGGGGAACUGCGACAGCUCCGUCUGCCCCCCAGGAGGAGGGAGCCGGGGCGGCGCGGGGCCGGGGUGCGGGCCGUGUGCGUGUGCGUGCGGGUGCUGUGCGCCUGCGCAGCCGGCCUGCCAGCCCGGCUCCAAACUGACCCUGGUUUACUGAUUGAUUUUCAUGUAAAACGCGUUCAAUCCUCAGGAUGACCUCACUCAAACUCUGCCCUUCCGACUUUUUUCUUUUUUUUUUUUUUUUAAGAAAACCGCUGUGACCUGUUACCGGGGAGCCCCAGCACCGCACCCCCCCCCCCCCGGCCAAUUUGUUGCAUGUUUAAGUCCACAAGCGUAUUACUGGGUGUUAUUACUGUCCGACACUCAGGACUUCUCCUGUUGCGCAACCUUCACCUCCCCCGGAGGCGCGGGCAGAAGACAGAAGUCCGCGCACGUCCCUGCCCGGCUCGGUAGGGGAACGGUCCCCACGCGGCCCACAGGACCCCUGAGCGGUCUUCUGUCCACCUCGCUCGCCGGGGUCCACAGCCCAGCCGGCGCCGCCUCGCUCUGCGGGAGGUCAACUUGAAAUUGCCCUGCGUCCCGUGCGUCCGCGUGUCUUGGGGACGCCCCUUGGCGAUCCUGUCACCACCGGUUCCCCUCCUUCGAGCCCCUCGCCCCACCAUCAGCAGGAACGUCUGGGCAGGGAGGGAGUCCACACACAGGGCCGCCGCUCUGCCGUUCCUCGCAUCCUUAGCUGAGUGUGACCGGAGAGAUCCGCGGGGGCUCCCCCAAACCCCAGCUCCUCGUCACCCUGGCUCAGGUCACGCCUCUUCAGCGUCCCUGCGCUCCCGCAGUUUCCUCGGGGGUGGGGGGGGAGACGCCCCGAGGGCUCCAGGCCUCGGGCCUUUCUGCCUCCCCAUCCCCCACCCCUCAGGCCCCACCUCCUCCCUCCACCUCUUAAGUUUGCUCUUCAAACUUGCAGGACGCCAUUCUGCUCUGGGGCCAAGAAAACAAGAGGGGGGAAGGGAACAGGUUAAGGAAAACAAGAGACACCAUCAGACCGCAGAAAAGCCGGAGAAAGGAGUUGUGUGGAGAAAAGGAAUGCGGCUGUCCUGAUAAAGAGUGUUUGUCGUCGGCCCGCCCGCACUGAAAAUUAUAGCUCACCUGCUUGCCCUUCAGUCGGCUCCCUCUUGCCCGUCCGGGCUAUGGGCUCCCCGCCCCCCUCCCUGUCUCCCUUUGGCUGGAUUCACGUCUCAGAUAGGCACAGGGUAGGAGGGAGGGCCCCGAGAUAACCCAGGGCUCUCCAUUCUUAAGAAGCACACCGCAUAGGUUCUGUUUCUACAAAGUUGCGCCCUGGGCCUCUCUCCAGCCUCCUGGGGAGGGCGUCCGGCCAGGGAGAAGGGUGGAGCCUGGCGCAGGUGUGGAGAAACGGGGCCACCGAAGGGGAGCUGGGGAGCAGAGGGCGCCUGGGGGGUGGGGGAGGGGGGAGUGGGCCACUGCCUUGGGGGCCUGGCCGGUCCUGCUGGUCCUUGUGUGAAACACGCAGUUCACUUGGUUCAAAAAGACUUCACCUUCUCAGGCCCAUGGGCGCUGCGCUAUGUCAGAUUGUCGGGGCGAGGCCCUCGGUUCAUCUGCAAAGAGGACCAGCCCCUCAGGCAGAGCCCCCCCCCCCACCCCCGCCACCGCCCACCGCAUUGCCACCGCCGCCCAGGCCCCCCUCCCCCGCGUCUCCACAGGGCCCUGAUCCGCAGGCCCCGGGCCAGGCAGGCCCUGCGGGGGGCCGGGACGGGUGGUGGGCCCAGACACUCACGUCUACGGGGUCCCCCUUCUCUCGACAGCGCUGUAAGGACAAACUGAACGCGUUGGCCAUCUCGGUGAUGAACCAGUGGCCCGGAGUGAAACUGCGGGUGACCGAGGGCUGGGACGAAGACGGCCACCACUCGGAGGAGUCGCUGCACUAUGAGGGCCGCGCGGUGGACAUCACCACGUCAGACCGAGACCGCAGCAAGUACGGCAUGCUGGCGCGCCUGGCCGUCGAGGCCGGCUUCGACUGGGUUUACUAUGAGUCCAAGGCGCACAUCCACUGCUCCGUGAAAGCAGAGAAUUCGGUGGCGGCCAAAUCCGGCGGCUGCUUCCCGGGCUCGGCCACGGUGCACCUGGAGCAGGGCGGCACCAAGCUGGUGAAAGACCUGCGUCCCGGGGACCGCGUGCUGGCGGCCGACGACCAGGGCCGACUGCUCUACAGCGACUUCCUCACCUUCCUGGACCGCGACGACGGCGCCAAGAAGGUCUUCUACGUGAUCGAGACGCGGGAGCCGCGCGAGCGCCUGCUGCUCACCGCCGCGCACCUGCUCUUCGUGGCGCCGCACAACGACUCGGCGGCCGGGGAGCUGGAGGCGCCGUCGGGCGCGGGGCCGCCGCCGGGGGGCGCGCCGGGGCGCCGGGCGCUCUUUGCCAGCCGCGUGCGCCCGGGCCAGCGCGUGUACGUGGUGGCCGAGCGCGGCGGGGAUCGCCGGCUGCUUCCGGCCGCCGUGCACAGCGUGACGCUGCGCGAGGAGGCCACGGGCGCGUACGCGCCGCUCACGGCGCAGGGCACCAUCCUCAUCAACCGGGUGCUGGCGUCGUGCUACGCGGUCAUCGAGGAGCACGGCUGGGCCCAUCGGGCCUUCGCGCCCUUCCGCCUGGCGCACGCGCUCCUGGCCGUGCUGGCGCCCGCGCGCACGGACCGCGGCGGGGACGGCGACGGCGGGGGCGGCGGCCACCUGCCCCCGCCCGCGCCGGCUGCGCCCGAGGCGCCGGCUGCGGCCGACGCGCCGGGUGCCGCGGGCAUCCACUGGUACUCGCAGCUGCUCUACCAAAUAGGCACCUGGCUGUUGGACAGCGAGGCCCUGCACCCGCUGGGCAUGGCGGUCAAGUCUAGCUGAAGGCCGGGGAGCCGGGGCGGGCGCGGGGGUGGGGGCCGGGGUGGGGGAGGGUGGGGGGGAGCGACAGCAAGGAACAGCAACAGACACGCGGAAAAGCGCACGGAAUGAGACUUUAAUUAUAAUAAUAAUUAAUAAUAAUAAUAAUAAAGUAGGACAGUCCAAAGUAGACUAUAAGGAAACAGAGACCCUGGGAAGUUUUGUCAUUGUGUUUAGUUUAUAUAUAUAUAUUUUUGAAUUUUUUUUGGUUGUUGUUUUAUUUUGUUUUUUGUUGUUUUUUUUUUUUUUUUUUCACCUCUCCUGGCUAUUUAUUUGUUUGGUAUGAAUAGAUGUUUUAAAUAAUAUGAACCGGACCUUCAAGAGCCUUAAAUAGUUUGUUUCUUGGAUAAUUUAUUAUUAUCAUGUGAACUGUACUCACGGGGGUGAAAGAUUAUUUUGUGAGGCCAAGCGACCUGCUCAGAGUCUAUUUUUCUACAUGUCCCUCGCCCUGACUUUCAGAAAGCCAACCUGCACACUCCAUAUCCCCUCCUUCGCCACACGCCUGCUUUUCGGCAAAUGUAAACUGAAACAUGCUUCGUGGGGGUCCACAAAUUAUAUUUUUAUACACAGAAUUGUAAAUUAGAUUUUUUGAGAGAUCAAUACUUAACUGAAUUACAUUUCAUUUUUGAAAUAGUGUAAAAUAUGAAAAUAUAUUAUUUUAAUUUAACUAGUUUGCAGCGUAGCGGCCACCUGGCGGGCUGCCUUCAUGGCUUAAUAUUUGGUUCUCAUCACCAUUUUGGCCACAUCCUUGGAAGUUGAGACUGUUACAUGCACACGCACACGCACACACACACACACGCACACACGCACUGGUUUUGUUCUGUUUUUGUUUUUGUUUUGGACAAACUGGAAGAACUCUGUUAUUUUUAACUUCAAAGAAUUUAUUAGAAAAUAAUAUUUUUAAAAAGCGCACAUAGUGAUGAGCCCACAAGGACGGAGGCUGUAGUUUGUACAGAGAAAAACAAAGGAUGUUUUUGCAUUAAUAACUUGAGAAUUAACUGCUGUAAAUUUACUAAAAUGUAUUUUUGAAUAUUUUGUAAUAGUUUUAUAGAAAUAAAAUGUACCACGCACAGA